UCAGUGGCAGACCAGUCGAGGAAGGCAUUCGGGAUGCGAACCCGAGACUGAUCAUGUUUCAGAGUAGUUGUGUCUGGAAAGGUCUAUUAAGUUCGCUAAAUGUCGGGUAGACUGUCAUUGAUCAUAUGUGUGUGAUUGUCAGUAGCAAAUUUUAGCACCAAGAAUUCUCAAAACGGUGCUAUUAGCCAGGUUGCUACAGCGGUAUGUGGUGAAAAGAAACACCGGGUGUGACGGAUAUUGGGCAAUUCAUCCUCAUAAAUCAAGCCUGGUGCCUGGGCCUUUCCGUUAAAGCGGGUUCUUUGAAGAGGGCAUUCCAACAGCUUAGAAUGUUUCUACUAAAGAAGAGUGCGCUGCUGUUCGGAAAAGCGCCUUGUCGCAAAUGAUGUGAGCUUUGGCCCACCACCACCACCUCCUCCACCACCGCCGCCGCUACCGUCGCCUGCAGCCCCCCUCCAACAUGAGCGAGGUCCAGGCCACCGUAGAGUUCUCUGUGGAGCUCCACAAGUUCUACAAUGUGGAUCUGUUCCAGAGAGGAUUCUACCAGCUCCGUGCCAGUCUGAAGGUGCCGCCGCGGGUCCCUCACCGCGUGGACGCCAGCCUGCUCCAUCCCUCAGGGUCAGACUUGGCCUUCCCUGCCAGUGUUCAAGAUGACGUCGUCUGCAGCAAGACCUUCCAGAUUCUCUACAAGAACGAGGAGAUAGUGGUCAACGACGUGCUCAUCUUCAAAGUCAUGAUGCUUCUGGACGAGAGAAAGGUGGAGGACUCCCUAAACGACAUGGACUUCCAGCUCAUUCUGGAGCUGUACUUCACAGACGGAGACUACUCGCCUGAGGACCCUGGGACCCUGCAAAGCAUCAGCAGCCGGACACUGCGCCUGCACUUUAGCCUCCAGCGAGGCAUCCAUCAGCAUAUCAACGUCAUGUUCGACUAUUUCCACCUGUCCGUCAUCUCCGCGGUGGUACACGCCUCCCUAGUGGCCCUGCACCAGCCCCUCAUCAGCUUUCCCCGGCAUGUGAAGAGUACAUGGCUGAACCGAAACGCUCCGGCACAGAGCAAAGACUCCCUCAUCCCCCCUCUGGAGAAUGUGGUGUUUGGUAGCAACUAUGUCAAGCAGUUAUCCCCUGAUGGCAAGACGUUCCUGGUGUCUGACCACUGCCUGCAGCACGCCUUCAACCUGCACCAGAGCCUGUGCGCCAGCCUGCUGCUGGCCUACCAGGGCCUCUUCUCCUACUACUCCACCGUCACCAAGGACCUGCCCUCCUCCCACCGCAUGGAGCAAGCCAAGCCCAGCAUGCAAGUCCUUUAUGAAAGAGUUCUCAGAAGACCUUACCCCCGCGGCCAAAGGCACGUCACCAUAGAGAAACUCGAUGUGGAGGCUCGUCUCACCGAACUCUGUGACCAAGUGAAGAAGAAAGCAGAGAGUCCAGACGAGCUGGCGGAGCUGGUGAACAUGAACCUGGCCCAGCUGUGCUCGCUGCUCAUGGCGCUGUGGGGGCAGUUCCUGGAGGUGGUGUCCCUGCACGAGAGCAUCGCCGCCCUGCUGGCCGUGGACCACCACACACUAAGGGUCCGAAGGUUCGCUGAAGCUUUCUUUUGCCUGGAACACCCGCGCCAAACCGCACUCGCCUACCAGGAGCUGCACGCUCACAGCCACCAGCAGAUGACUGCCGCCAUCAAAAGCUCCUCCUACUUCCUGUCGCUGCCGCCACUGCCUGUCGAGUGUGCCGACCUGGACGGAGACGUCAACUCGCUGCCAAUCAUCUUUGAGGACCGCUACCUCGACUCGGUCAAGGAGGAUCGUGACGGCCCGUGGCUCGGGAUGCCCAACGCCCGCAGAGGAUCCGUGUCGGGCCGCUUGGACCGCUCCAGCUCGCGGGACAUGGGCGCCGCCAGCGGCACGGGUCUCCUGAGCCCGACCCCCGAGCCGCGGCACGGCGCCCUGGCCACCACCUGGCCCGAGCCCACGGCCGAGCAGCCACCGCUCAAGUCCAAGGCCAAGUCCAUCAAGCUGAAGAAGAACACCAAGACGGAGAACUCCAAGAAGCUGGUGCGCCAGAGCUCCAAGGACUCGGUCAUCCUCACCGGCUACAAGCACCUGAAGCUGCCGCCCUCGCACGCAUCCGCCUCCGCCGCCGAGCCCCUGGCCAAGCCCCCGCGGGAGGGGGGGGCAGCGGCGAUGGCGACGACCGCCGCCGAGGGUGGAGGUGCUGGACGAGGUGCGGACGAGAGGGAGGGUCACCAGCCCCACCCCCUCCCCAACCACCCCCACCACCACCACCACCUCCUCCCCGGGGACGGCAGGAACAGUUCCCGGAUCAGCGCCAAGCACGCUCCCACGCUGCCCGACCCGACGGGCGAGGCCGAGUGCCAAACGGACGCCGGCUGCCAGAGGGACGACUUCACCAACCUGCUGCGGCCGGGGGCGGGCGCCCACGGCAGGCCCCAGGCAGGUCCUGGAGCCGCGCCCGCGCCAACCCCAGCGGCGGGCGCGGAGGGCAGAGCGCCCGUGCCCCGUGGUGAUGCGCCGCUGCCCGCCCCAGCGGGGGGCCUCCGGCACAUUGAUGUGAGGCCCAGCGACAAGGACCCCUACCAGGGCGAGAAGGUCACCGUGCUCUCGCCGGGCCGGUUGGCGGCGGGGCUGCCAGAGAUCACACAGUCCGUCUGCAGCCCUGAGGUCCAGCCCUCUCCGGCCGGUGCGGUGGAGGGGGUGGAGGGGGCAGUGGCGUCGUCGUCGUCAGCAGCAGCAGCAGUAGGUGAGGGUGGCGGUCCAGCACUGGGCACUAAGAGCGACUGCAUCCAGCUGCCCGGCGAGCCUUCGUCACGCCUCUCGGACUCGGGCAUCGAGAGCGAGCCCAGCUCGGCCACUCAGCUGGCCCCGGGGCCGACGCCGCAGCCGAGGGCCGACGCCACAGAGCCCGUCUGGCUCCCACAGCAGCAGCAGCCGCCGCCGGCGGAGAAGCCGCCCAGACCUGUGUCCACCGUCAGGCCACUGCAGGCACUCACAGCGGCGGCCAAGGGCCCCGACGGAGGAGGAGGAGGAGGAGGAGGAGGUGGCGGCCUCUGCCCGGAGACGACGAGCGGCGUGAGCGGCGUCCAGUCCUCGCUGACGUCCAUCACCUCGCUGCCGUCCGACGAGGAGCCCGAGAGCGAGCGCGAGCCCGCGGGCAGGAAGUCCAGCGUGCUGGUGCAGGAGCAGAGCCUGGUGUUCUCGGCCGACCCUGACCCCUGGGAGCCGGUCAGCGGCACCACCAACCCCGCCGCCGCCCCCACCACCACCACCACCCAGCGUCCCGCUCCGGCCAGCCUGGGGGACGAGUCCGUGUUCCUGGACUCGCCUUCGAGCGGCGCCCCCUGUGGGGCGGCUGCUGCAGCAGCAGCAGCGGCGGCCGAACCGUCUGCGUCAGCGUCGGCGUCAGCGUCCACUGCGGUGGGUGGAGCCCAGUCCAGCGCCUCGGGCACCAGCAGCACGGACAUGGUGAAGCGCGGCCUCGUGGAGAACCACUUUGGCUCGCGCUCCAGCACCGACGUGUCCGAGAUCAGCCCCGUCGAGUCGGCCGCCGUCACUCUGGGUGUCCGGCCCUCGGCCGGCCCAGAGUCCGCCGCCUCCGCCACCGACUCCACCCUCGUCGUCGUCGCGCCAACCAACGAGCAGGACGAGGGGGGAGACGACGACGACGACGAAGAGCCGGAGCACGAGAUGAUCGAGAACGGCUACUACGAGGAGACGGACGGCCCCACGGCCUACGUCAACGGGCUGGAGGGGGCGGGGGAGAGCGGCGGUGAGGAGGGGAGGAGCCUGCUCUACGACCAGAUGGGAUUGGAGAACCUGCCGGAGACGGGCGCCUCUGUGCUCCAACCAGCCGUGUGCUUUCGGCCGGUCGUCUCGCCCCUCACCACCACCACCACCAGCAUGCGCUGGUAUGAGAACGUCCCUGAAGCUCACAUGAAUGCGUUUGUGGCGGCUAAAGAAGAGCUGAAGCUGCUGAAGCUGCCGGGCUUCCUGUACAGUGAGGUGGCGGAGCUGGCCUCCACCAUGCCCUACUUCAGCCUGGAGGAGGACGACAGCACCGACGAGGGCGUCCACCUGGUGGUCUGCGUCCACGGCCUGGACGGAAACAGUGCGGACCUGCGCCUGGUGAAGACCUACCUGGAGCUGGGAUUACCUGGCUCUCACAUAGAGUUCCUCAUGUCCGAGCGCAAUCAGAAUGACACCUUUGCUGAUUUUGAAUCAAUGACUGACCGGCUGUUGGAUGAAAUUGUGCAGUAUAUUCAGAUCUACAAUCUAGCUGUCUCAAAAAUCAGCUUUGUGGGUCACUCCCUGGGGAACCUGAUCGUGCGCUCGGUGCUGACAAGGCCCAGGUUUAAGUGUUACCUGAGCCGGCUGCACACCUUCCUGUCUCUGUCGGGCCCUCACCUGGGCACGCUGUACAACAGCUCUGCCCUGGUCAACACAGGCCUGUGGUUCAUGCAGAAGUGGAAGAAGUCGGGUUCUCUUCUCCAGCUAACGUGCCGUGAUCACUCGGACCCACGCCAGACCUUCCUGUACAAGCUCAGCAAGAAAGCAGGGCUCCAGUUCUUCAGGAACGUGGUGCUGGUGGGCUCUCUGCAGGACCGCUACGUCCCGUAUCACUCAGCUCGCAUCGAGAUGUGCAAAACCGCCUUAAAGGACAAGCAGACAGGUCCGGUUUAUGCCGAGAUGAUUGAAAACCUGUUGCUGCCCGUGCUUCAGAACAAGGAGUGCAACCUAGUGCGCUACGAUGUCAUCCACGCACUGCCCAACACCGCCAAUUCACUGAUUGGCCGAGCAGCGCACAUUGCCGUGCUGGACUCCGAGAUCUUUUUGGAAAAGUUCUUCCUGGUCGCCGGCCUCAAGUUCUUUCAGUAGAGAAUGUUUGGAGGUGGGAAGGAGGCAGGACUUUGAGUUGUUACCUCACAGCACCCUAAACAAAAAGACAUUCAGCGCAAGUCACAUCAUUUUUAAAAAUGAAUUCCUUUUUUUUUCCAAGUAUGGUAUUUUUCUUUUUUGUUUCCUUGUAGGAGGCAAAAAGAAAAAAAAAUGACAGUAUAUCAGUGUUUUUGUUUCUUAAACUGUUUUGUUGUUUUAUCUUGCAAUAGGUGGUGCGUUGUGAAUGUGGAAUUUUCAUUUUUAUUUUUCUACAGCCAUUUUCUUUUUUUUUUUUAAUUGAUGAUUUUAAUAAUUUUUAAAGUACUGUCAAGGUAAUGCUAUUGUCUCUUCAUUUUAUUGUGGUAUUUUCAGUGUUAUUUAUGUAUAAUUAUAUUUUGCCAGUUUUAUUCCACAUUGUUUUAUUCAAUUACACAAGGUUAUUGCUGAACUGGAAAUGUAGCUGCUAAACACAUAAAAUAUUUAUUUUGCGGGAGGUGAACCAAGUCUGCUCUCUACAUCUCAGAGAGGACGACCCAUUUCACUCAAAACAAAAUAUUUCACUUUCUUUUUUUUAUUAUUAUUUUUCAUCAGACUGCAGACACAGAGAGAGAGAGAGAGUGUGAGAGUAGAAAAAAAAAAGAUUUUUUAUGACACUCGUCAUUUUUACUACUCACGUUUUUUACGAUCCAUUUUUUACAUCACAAAAGACAUGCAUCCAGAUGAAUUCAGAUGAUUAUUGAUUAUUGAUUGUAGCUUCGAAGCAGCUGUCUGGAGCUGAGCUACGGCGUUUUUCAACGACACCGUUGCUCCGAGCGGUCGCUGCUUCAUGCACAACACUAACCCAGCCUGGAGUUGGGGAAGAGAACCCUUGAAUUUGGAGCAUGGUAACCUUUUUCACUACAGGGAUCAUCGGGUAACAAUAGGCCAAGUGUCAGACCUUUCAUACAGCACAAAGUGAUCAAACAAAAUGGUUGAUGGAAAGUAUUUAUGUUUGGUAUCUGGGGUGAAAAUUUAUUUAUGCUUGUAAACGAGAAAAUGGUAUUUUCAAUAAAAGAAAUAAAUUUCU